GAGGCAAUAUAUUCGCAGAAUACAAAACACUAGUAUUUGGUUCAACUUUGACUUGUUCAUAUUCUCCACUUCACUAUUACUUGGCAUUGCUUCUAUCUCACGACCAUGGAGACCAUUACUCAGGCUGUUCAAAGCGCAUCCAAUGCCCUCUGGAACGAGGUCGAUGCCCUUAGAGGUGGCCAGCAGGCUCAGACUGAACAGCGAGUUCCUCAGCAACAACAACAACAUGGCGACGAGCCUAUGUCCGGAAUUCAGGGCAAGGGAACUGUGACUGACCCCUAUGAUGCAGGCAAUCGAGAUGAUCAACUCGGCGCCCCCAUCUCGAAAGACAAUACCGCCGCUAUGACAGAGCCACUCUCUACAGACCCCGGCACUUUCCAAGACAAGUACCAGGAUUCUAGCGCAAACAAAGACGGCAAAGCCGCCCUGGUCACCUCUAAUAUCGGCCCCUCAAACCCAUCCUUUCAACACCCUGACCCUGUUAUUGGCAAGCAGCACACCUCUGGGCCCGCGGGCAAGAGCACACUUAAGGAUGAGCCUCUCAGUACGCACAAAAGCACCCUGAAGGAUGAGGGUCUCACCUCUCGCCCGAAGCCUGACGAGCCUGCCACAACCUACAACACACGCUCUACCGACGACGCCGAAACCACUGCAAAGAAGGUAAACGCGGCUGGCCCCAGCGCUGGCCUUGGGUCUGGUAUCGCCGCCGGCGCUGGAGCUGGAUCACUUUCAGGUGCUGCAGUGGCACCUGCUGCCCAGCCUCGCUCUGAGCAACGGGGCAACAUCUCAUUUUCUCACGCUCAGAGCGUGAGCCAGCCCAAUGACAAAGGGCCCUCCACUUCCGUCGCCGGUACUGCCAAGAGCGUAAGUCAGAGCAAGUCCAAGGAGCCUUCUGCUACCGAUCUCAGUGCACCCCAAGCUCCCAGGCAAGUGACAGAGAAUAGCUCUGGACCUACCACUACUGGUACGGGUGCCGCUCCAACGAGCGUGAGUAAGGAUGAGCGCAAGGAACCUUCUAAUGCCGGCACCGGCGCAGGAGCUGAUGCUGAGACCACUGAUUCCGGCUCCGCCGAGAAGCUUGUUCCAUCUACCGAGGAGGUUGCUGAGAAGCACGGUGUCAGUAAGGAGGCUCUCCGCGGUCCCAGUGUCCCACCUCCUCGCAAGUCCUACGAAAGGCAGAUGCAAGGUGCCGAAUCCCAGAAGAAAAAGGACGAUCUGCCUAAGACAACCAAAAAUGGUUAGUAAUCGUGUUUCACUUCACGUCUUAGUUCUACUGACAAGCUCGAUUUAGAUGACAAGAAAGAGAAACACCAUUCGAGUAUGAAGGAGAAAUUGAACAAGGUUCUCCACCAUCACUAAACAAAAUCUCUUUUCGAAACGUUCUUAGUUUUUGCUUUGGUAAUACUGGAAACAUAAGCCGGUUCAAAUGGACAGUGAAUAUAAUGCUUUUUGGUACGCAGCGGGGGUCUUUUUUCAUCGAACAUGUAUUACUAUAAUUAUUGCCAUUGAAUGAGAUAUCUCUCAAAAAUCUAUUAUUAUAUUCAAAAC